AUUGUCCAAGGUGGUAACACACCUUCAAUGACAAUGCCAUCUGUCAAAAACAUUGGUCAGACAGGCCGAGUAUAUGGCAGAGAGGACGGUAAAAUAAUCUUGCUAGGACAGCUCAUUGAAGUCGUGUAGCUAGCUAACUCUAUUCUAACGGCCACAGAUAUCUUAACACACAUACAUAUAUAUAUAUAUAUUAGCUAGCAAGUUUAUAUCACAUUUGCCUAGCUAGGACUAGACAGAAUCUUGACUUUAGCCAGCUACAGUAUAGGUAGCGAUGUAGCUAGCUGACUAGCUUCAGUAGUUAGCUGGCUUCCCGCGCUAGUCGUGUAAUUUACGUGUUGCAUCGAGCAGUGUCGGUGUCAAAAAGUAGCUAAUAAUAGUUACUUGACAGAUCACUGCACCCUGAAUCGCAAACUUGUGCUGAAGACUGGUGAUGGAUUUUCUUGCUGGCUGCAUUGGAGGUGCUGCCGGAGUCUUAGUAGGACACCCUUUUGACACGGUUAAGGUGAGACUACAGGUCCAGAAUGUUGACAAGCCUCUUUACCGCGGGACCUACCACUGUUUCCAGUCCAUCGUACGGCAGGAGUCAAUGUUUGGGCUGUACAAAGGCAUCGGCUCCCCCAUGAUGGGCUUAACCUUUGUCAAUGCCAUAGUGUUUGGAGUUCAGGGCAACACCAUGCGUUACCUGGGCCAUGACACCCCUAUGAACCAGUUCCUGGCUGGGGCCACAGCUGGGGCAAUACAGUGUGUCGUCUGCUGCCCCAUGGAGUUGGCCAAGACACGCAUGCAGAUGCAAGGCACUGGGGAGAAGAAGUCCAAGAGGAAGCUGUACAAGAACUCCCUGGACUGUCUAGCACAUAUCUACAAGCGGGAGGGGCUGCUGGGCGUGAACCGCGGCAUGGUCACCACGUUGAUCCGAGAGACCCCCUGCUUUGGAGUCUACUUCCUGACCUACGACAUCCUAACCCGCUCCAUUGGCUGCGAGCCCGGUGACCGUCACAUGAUCCCCAAGCUGCUCUUUGCCGGCGGGAUGUCCGGGGUCACCUGCUGGCUGUCCACCUAUCCUGUGGACGUGAUUAAGUCCCGCCUCCAGGCGGACGGGGUGGGCGGAGUCUACCAGUACAGCAGCAUCGCUGACUGCGUGCGGCAGAGUGUGAAGAGAGAGGGGCUCAUAGUGUUCACGCGAGGUCUCACCUCCACCCUGCUCAGGGCGUUUCCCGUCAACGCUGUCACCUUUGCCACAGUCACUCUGGUGCUGAUGUACGCACGGGGGGUGGAGGGGCCAAAGGACAGUGAACCCGCGACCCCCGUCACAGCUCACCACACACAGCUGCAGCAGCAGGCCCAAGCCUCCAGCCUGUGACCUGAGUAUGGAGGUGUUAAACCCACCUGAGCUGCUCUACUGUCGGGUGGGGGAGGGAGGGAAACCCAUAGGGCCAAAUGCACUUUGAAUCUGAGUAUGGAAGCACAUAUACAUACAGCUGAAUCAGGAGUCUAUCUAUAGAUAUGCAGUGUCUCCACUUGACUUGUAAAUAUCAUUUACUCAAAGCACUGAUAUCGUUGGAAGAUGAGAUAAAGAAAGAAAAUUGAAUGUAGUGAGACAGAUGCUGAACCCAAAGCUUGAUAUGCCUCUAAUAUUUCUUCCAAAAACCAAAAUAGUUAUGGUUAGGUCGCUGGUACUAACUGGUACAAUCACACUAACUAGGAGUGUAAAUCCAAUCAAAUUUUAUGUGUCACAUACUUUGUAGACAACAGGUGAAAUGCUUACUUACGGAUCCUUUUCCCAACAAUGCAGAGCUAACGAUAAGAUAUAUUUUUUGAAUAAAAAUAGGGACGUGGGGAUUAAAUACACAGUAAAUAAGAAUAAUGAUUCAAAAUAACAUGGCACAAACGAUGUGCAGGGGUACUAGGUAAUUGAGGUACAGUUGAAGUCGGAAGUUUACAUACACCUUAGUCAAAUGCGUUUAAACUCAGUUUUUCACAAUUCCUGACAUUUUAAUCCUAGUUAAAAUGUCCUGUCUUAGGUCAGUUAGGAUCAACACUUUAUUUUAAGAAUGUGAAAUGUCAGAGUAAUUGUAGAGUGAUUUUAUUUAGGCUUUUAUUUAUUUCAUCACAUUCCCAGUGGGUCAGAAGUUUACAUACACUCAAUUAGUAUUUGGUAGCAUUGCCUUUAAAUUGUUUAACUUGGGUCAAACAUUUUGGGUAGCCUUCCACAAGCUUCCCCCACAGUAAGUUGGGUGAAUUUUGGCCCAUUCCCCCUGACAGAGCUGGUGUAACUGAGUCAGGUUUGUAGGCCUCCUUGCUCGCACAUGCUUUUUCAGUUCUGCCCACAUAAUUUUCUUUAGGAUUGAGGUCAGGGCUUGACUUUGUUGUCCUUAAACCAUUUUGCCACAACUUUGGAAGUAUGCUUGGACUCAUUGUCCAUUUGGAUGACUCAUUUGUGACCAAGCUUUAACUUCCUGACUGAUGUCUUGAUGUUGCUUCAAUAUAUCCACAUAAUUUUCCUGCCUAGUGAUGCCAUCUAUUUUGUAAAGUGCACCAGUUCCUCCUGCAGCAAGGCACCCCAACAACAUGAUGCUGCCACCCCCGUGCUUCACGGUCCUCCAAACAUAACGAUGGUCAUUAUGGCCAAACAGUUCCGUUUUUGUUUCAUCAGACCAGAGGAUAUUUCUCCAAAAAGUACAAUAUUUGUCCCCAUGUGCAGUUUCAAACCGUAGUCUUGUAUUUUUUAUGUAGGUUUUGGACCAGUGGCUUCUUCCUUGCUGAGCGGCCUUUCAGGUUAUGUGGAUAUAGAUACUUUUGUACCUGAUUCCUCCAGCAUCUUCACAAGGUCCUUUGCUGUUGUUCUGGGAUUGAUUUGCACAUUUCGCAGUACAUUCAUCUCUAGGAGACAGAACGCGUCUCCUUCCUGAGCGGUAUGAUGGCUGCGUGGUCCCAUGGUGUUUAUACUUGCGUACUAUUAUUUGAACAGAUGUACGUGGUACCUUCAGGCAUUUGGAAAUUGCUCCCAAGGAAGAACCAGACUUGUGGAGGUCUACAAAAAAAAUGUCUGAGGUCUUGGCUGAUAUCUUUUGAUUUCCCCAUGAUGUCAAGCAAAUAGGCACUGAGUUUGAAGGUAGGCCUUGAAAUGCAUCUAUAGGUACACCUCCAGUUGACUCAAAUGAUGUCAAUUAGCCUAUCAGAAGCUUCUAAAGCUAUGGCAUCAUUUUCUGGAAUUUUCCAAGCUGUUGAAAGGCACAGUCAACUUAGUGUAUGUAAUCUUCUGACCCACUGGAAUUGUGAUACAGUGAAAUACAAUUGUGUGUCAUGCACAAAGUAGAUGUCCUAACCAACUUGCCAAAACUAUAGUUUGUUAACAAGAAAUUUGUGGAGUGGUUGAAAAACUAGUUUUAAUGACUCCAACCUAAGUGUAUGUAAACUUCCGACUUCAACUGUAGCUAUGUUGUGUACAUAUAAAUAGGGGUGAAGUGACAAGGCCUCAGGAUAGAUAAUACACAGUAGUAACAGCAGCAGCGUGCGUGCGUGUUCGUUUUUAACUAUACUUGUGGGCACCAGAAGUUCCCUCAUGAAUAGUACACUAACAAAAUAUUUACCAACUGGGUACAGUUUGUUCCCCACAAGGUCAAAUGCUAUUUCUAGCGGGUGUAGCAUUAAAAAUGAGUGUUAGGUUUAUGGGUUAGGGAGAAUUAGGAUUUUGAAUUGGACUGAAAUGUGUGUCCACACAUGAUUAGUUGUACAAGACUGUGUGGCACCCCUGUGUUGAGGGUCAGCAUGGUGAAUGUGGUGUUGCCUACCUUCACCACCUGGGGGAGGCCCAUCAGGAAGUCCAGGAUCCAGUUGCAGAGGGACAGGGGGAUACCUAGUCAGUUGUUCAACUGAAAUGUGUCUUCCACAUUUAACCCAACCCCUCUGAAUCAGAGGACGUGUUCAGUUCCAGAGACCUUAGCUUAGUGCCCUCAAAGCUCAUCACUAUGGUGUUGAACCCUGAGCUGUAGUUAAUAAACAGCAUUCUCACGUCGGUGCUCCUUUUGUCUAAGUGGGAAAGUACAGUGUGGAGUGCAAUAGAGACUGUUUCAUCUAUGGAUCUGUUUGGACGAUAUACGAUUUGGAGUGGGUCCAGGGUGUCUGGGAUGAUGGUGUUGAUGUGAGCCAUGACCAGACUUUCAUGGUUACAGAUGUGAGUAUUACGGGGCGAUAGUCAUUUAGACAUGUUACCUUGGCUUUCUUGGACACAGGAAUAUGGUGGUCUGCUUGAAACAUGUACACUACUGUUCAAAAGUUUGGGGUCACGUAGAAAUGUCUUUGUAUUUUAAAGAAAGCAACAACAAAAAAAAGUCAAUAUAAAAUAAUGUCAAAUUGAUGCCUCACAAGUCCUCAACUGGCAGCUUCAUUAAAUAGUACCCGCAAAGCACCAGUCAACGUCAACAGUGAAGAGGCGACUCCGGGAUGCUGUCCUUCUAGGCAGAGUUCCAUUAUCCAGUGUCUGUUCUUUUGCCCAUCAUAAUCUUUUAUUUUUAUUGGCCAGUCUGAGAUAUGGCUUUUUCUUUGCAUCUCUGCCUAGAAGGCCAUCAUCCCGGAGACGCCUCUUCACUGUUAACCUUGAGACUGGUGUUUUGCGGGUACAAUUUUAAUGAAGCUGCCAGUUGAGAACUUGUGAGGUGUCUGUUUCUCGACCUAGACACACUAAUGUACUUGUCCUCUUGUUCACUUGUGCACCGGGGCCUCCCACUCCUCUUUCUAUCCUGGUGAAAGCCAGUUUGCUCGGUUCUGUGAAGGGAGUAGUACACAGUGUUGUACCAGAUCUUCAGUUUCUUGGCAAUUUCUCACAUGGAAUAGCCUUCAUUUGUCAGAACAAGAAUAGACUGACGAGUUUCGGAGAAAAGUCCUUUGUUUCUGGCCAUUUUGAGCCUGUAAUCGAACCCACAAAUGCUGAUGCUCCAGAUACUCAACUAGUCUAAAGAAGGCCAGUUUUAUUGCUUCUUUAAUUAGAACAACAGCUUUCCGCUGAGCUAACAUAAAUGCAAAAGGGUUCUCUGAUGAUAAAUUAGCCUUUUUAAAAGGAUAAACUUGGAUUAGCUAACACAACGUGACAUUGGAACACAGGAGUGAUGGUUGCUGAUAAUGGGCCUCUGUACACCUAUUUAGAUAUUAUUAAAAAUCAGCCGUUUCCAGCUACAAUAGUCAUUUACAACAUUAACAAUGUCUACACUGUAUUUCUUAUCAAUUUGAUGUUAUUUUAAUGGACAAAAACUAAUUUAUUCUUUCAAAAACAAGGACAUUUCCAGGUGACUCACCUUUUGAACGGUAGUGUAGGUAUUACGAACUGGAUCAGGUAGAAAGUGUCAGUGGAGAAGACACUUGCCAGCUGCUCAGCGGAUGCUCUUGCAUUGUUCAGUGUUGCUUGCCUUGAAGCGAGCAUAGAAGGCAUUUAGCUCGUCUGGUAGGCUCGUAUCACUGGGCAGCUCGUGAUUGGGUUUCUUUUUGUAAUCUGUGAUAGUUUGCAAGCCUUGCUCUAUCCGACGAACGUAAGAGCUGGUUUAGUAGGAUUCGAUCUUAGUCCUGUAUUGACACUGCCUGUUUGAUGGUUCAUCGGAAGGCGUAGUGGGACUUCUUAUAAGUGUCCGGAUUAGUGUUCCGCUCCUUGAAAGCAGAAGCUUUAGCUCAGUGCGGAUGUUGCCUGUAAUCUAUGGCUUCUGGUUGGGAUAUGUAUGUACGGUCACUGUGGGGAUGAUGUAGUCGAUGCACUUAUUAAUGAAGCUGGUGACUGAUGUGGUAAACUCCUCAAUGCCAUCGAAUGAAUCUCGGAACAUAUUCCAUUCUGUGCUAGCAAAACGGUGAUGUAGCAUAGCAUCCGCUUCAUCGGACCACUUCCAAUUGAGCGUGUCGAUGGUACUUCCUGUUUGAGUUUUUGCUUGUAAGCAGGAAUCAGGAAGAUCGAGUUAUGGUCAGAUUUGCCAAAUGGAAGGCGAGGGAGAGCGUUGUAUGCUUCUCUGUGUGGAGUGAAGGUGGUCUAGAGUUUUUUUUUUUUUUUUUUUUUUUUCCUCUAGUUGCCAGUGGUGUAAAAAUACUUUAAAGUACUAAAGUAUUUUUUGGUUAUCUGUACUUUAUUUUAUAUUUGAAGAAUAUAAUGUACUUUUCCCUGACACCCAAAAGUACUCGUUACAUUUUGAAUGCUUAGCAGGACAAUUUGCACACUAAUCAAGAGAACAUCCCUGGUUAGCCCUACUGCCUAUUAUCUGGCAGACUCACUUAGCAGAAAUACUUUGUAAAAUAAGAAAAUCCUGCUGUCUGGUUUGCUUAAUAUAAGGAAUUUGAAAUGAUUUAUAAUUUAAAUUUUGAUACUUAAGUAUAUGUUGGCUAUUUAAACUUACUUUUGAUACUAAAGUACAUUUAAAACCAAAUACUUUUAGACUUAAGUAGUAUUUUACUGGGUCACUUUCACUUGAGUCAUUUUCUUAAGGUAUCUUUACUUAUACUCAAGUAUGACAAUUGGGUACUUUUUCCACCACUACUGGUUGUGUAGGUGAAAUGCUGGUAGAAAUGAGUAAACUGAAAAAAGUUUUUUCUUGCAUUAAAAUCAGCGGCCACUAGGAGCGCUGCAGCUGUCUGAGCAUUUUCUUGUUGGCUUAUGACCCUAAUAUAGCUCGUUGAGUGCAGCCUUAUUGCCAGCAUCAGUUUGUGGUGGUAAAUAGCCAGCUAUGAAAAAUACUACAGCUUAUCAUGAGGUAUUCUAACUCCGGCAAGCAGAGACUUCUUUAAUUUUAGAAAUUGCGCACCCAUGUAGUUGUUAAAGGUCUGAUUAUGCAGUUUAUUCUCGUAUAGCUCUGUCCUCCUUGCACAGUAACUAUUCAGUAGUCUACUUUGGCCUCUAAGUAGACUUAUAUGUAGAGUAGUAGUUGAACUAAAGCACUUCUCAUGUCUGAGCUGAAAUAACAUACUGUACCUCAGCGAUAUCUGAAUGCUGAAGGAAAGCUCAAGAUGUGAUGUUCUGUUUGAAACGAAUGUGAAUCAAAGAGUUGGCAAUAAUUUGAUGUAUCUUAUUGUGUGUUUUUAGAUGGAAUUUGUUUUGUCUUUGGUGUUAUACUUGUGUAUAAAUGUGAGAUUAAUUAUAUUUUUGUUUUUAAUUCUGUGUUUUGGCAUAAUUUCUCUGUAAAAAAUAUUGAAAAUGCUGCAGUGAGGAUUUUUGUGUGUGCAGCUUUAUGCAUGUUUGGUCAGUAUCAGAUCUUUAUUAUUAGUUGAGCCUGAAUGUUACUGCCAUUGCUGUUACCUAAUCUAGUUGCUUCUUGGACUGAUAACCGAUUGGCUCUCCUCAUCCUGUUCUUUAGUAUAUCUGUUACUGUUAACUCUGGGCCAUUAGAGGGUUUGUAAUUGGGUGUUUAUGCCUGUUUUUUUUUUUUACUGGUUUGUGAGCAACCGAGUAAUAUUUCCACAGAUUGGCAGUAUUCUUUCCUAUAUGUAUGAUGAACAUUUGUAUGUUGUUCUUGAAUGAGGGUAUUCAUAUAGUAGGAUAUACACAUUUAUUGCCUUGAUACACAAUAUCCAUGUCUGUAAGGGGGUGAAGAAUACGCACAUUGAAUUGUCUAGUUGUGUUGCUGCUCUAAAUAACUAUCACUGUCAUAACCUUCUGAAACAUAAAGGAUUCAGGAAAAUCCAAAGUGACAUUAUUUAAGAGAUUCUAUGACAUAAUGGCAUUAUCUAAAACGGCCACAAUUACAUCAUAAUGUAAUUCAAUUCAAUUCAAUUCAAGGGCUUUAUUGGCAUGGGAAACAUGUGUUAACAUUGCCAAAGCAAGUGAGGUAGACAACAUACAAAGUGAAUAUAUAAGGUGAAAAACAACAAAAAUUAACAGUAAACAUUACACAUACAGUAAUUCUCUUAAACUGACAAUGACUUACUCUAAAAUAGCCAUUAUGAUGUUAUACAGUGCAUUCGGAAAGUAUUCGGAUUCCUUCACUUUUUCCACAUUUAGGAUUUGCAAAGAAGAAUGGGAGAAACCCCCCAAAUACAGGUGUGCCAAGUUAGUAGCGUCAUACCCAAGAAGACUCAACGCUGUAAUCACUGCUAAAGGUGCGUCAAACAAGUACUGAGUAAAGGGUCUGAAUAAUGAUGUAAAUGUGAUAUUUCUGGGGGGGGGGUUUAUAUAAAGUUGAAAAAAUGUCUAAACCUGUUUUUGUCAUUAUGGGGUAUUGUGUAUAUAUUUUGAUAAGCGGGGGAAAAACUAUCGAAUCCUUUGGUUGGUUAGGGGUUAUUUGCAGCUUGGAUAAAACAGCCACAACCUUUAUAAUACUGCUGUCCUGCGGUCUACUGAAUUGUGAUUAUGGUUGUGGGGUAAUGAGGGGGAAAUAUUGCUGAGUGACAUUGUUUGCCAGUCAGAUUUGCCAGUGCUAAUUGUUCCUUUUAACCUAUUUUCUGUUCAUUUGAACCUCUUGUAUGUUUAUUGUGCUUAAUUGUAUUCAUUUCAAUGUUCUCAUACUCCUUCAGUCCUAGACACACCUGAGGCUAAAGUUAACAGACAAUUACAAAUCAUUUAGACUCUAGCUUUGUGGGAAGAUGCAAUAUGUACAAGUUAUGUCUGAUAAAUCAUUUAAAAAAGGAAAAUGUAAAUAUAAAACUAUAUUUUUCAAUUAGUUGUGGUGUCUUCAAUAUUUGUUUUCUAAGAGUUUUGAAGGUAUUUUUCUCUUGUGAAGUUUGCUGUUACAAACUUAAAAGAUGAAGACACUGAUAUUUUUGUAACGAACUAAUGAAGCUUAUCCAGCUUUGGUUCAGCGAGGUGACUUGUAGAAAAUGCGGAAAUCAAUAAACGAUAAAACAAG